GCCGUCGAGCACGCACGCGCAUGUCGCUCGCAUUCGCAUCCGGUGAUGUGAGGUGGCCCCCGCCGCUGCCGCAGUGUCGCGCGAUUGACGCGCUUUUUUCGUGAAGUAUUAAGCCAGUUGAAGGCUCGAGAGCCUUCGAGCCGGCAAGACGCCGUCCACCGUGGAUUUAAGGUACGGCGCCAUGGCGGCGACCACGUAUAUGCCCGGGGGCGAGCUGGACCUCGGGAACCUCGGCGGCUAUCACGCCGCGUCGCCGAGGAGUGCCGAGCCGGCCGACAUGAAGUACCAGCACCACCUGCAGGCGGGCGGCUCGCCAUCGCCCGGUGCGCCCGUGGGGCUCAAUCCCUGGGCGUCGUUGCCGCCCGCCGACCCCUGGGCCAUGCACCAACACCACGCGCACGCGCACCAACCCGAUGUGAAGCCGCCGCCUGCGCCGCACGAGCACCGCCACCUGCAGCAUGGUCACGGCUGGCACGCGCCUGUGGUUUCGCCGCACUAUGGCGCCGGCUCGCCCGUGGCGCUGCACGGCGGCUAUCCUAUGCCCAUGCACCACCAGCAUAUGCUGCGUGAGGUGCAGCAGUCGCCGCACCCCCUGCAUCACCACCACGCGCUCGAGCGCGACCAGCCCGAGGAGGACACGCCCACCAGCGACGACCUCGAGGCCUUCGCCAAACAAUUUAAGCAGCGGAGGAUCAAGCUCGGCUUCACGCAGGCCGACGUCGGCCUCGCGCUUGGCACGCUCUAUGGAAACGUGUUCUCGCAGACGACGAUCUGUCGAUUCGAGGCGCUCCAGCUGAGCUUUAAAAAUAUGUGUAAACUUAAACCGCUGCUGCAGAAAUGGCUCGAAGAGGCAGACUCGACGACGGGAAGCCCGACAAGUAUCGACAAAAUUGCAGCACAAGGCAGGAAAAGAAAAAAGCGCACGUCGAUAGAGGUGUCAGUGAAGGGCGCGCUGGAGCAGCACUUUCACAAACAGCCAAAGCCGUCGGCGCAGGAGAUCACAUCGCUAGCGGAUUCACUGCAGCUGGAGAAGGAAGUGGUGCGCGUGUGGUUCUGCAACAGGCGGCAGAAAGAAAAGCGCAUGACGCCGCCGAAUACGAUGGGCAACGAGAUGAUGGAGGGCAUGGCGCACGCGCACUACGGGCACGGCGACGUGCACGGCUCGCCGCUGCAGCACUCGCACUCGCCGCCCGGGCUGUCGCCGCAGCACGGGCUAGCGCCCGGCGCGCACACCUUGGCUGCGCACUAACAGUUCGCCCCGUGGGCGCCGCCGCGGCCCUACUACGCGGAGCCGCACUAGCGCCCGCCCGCGGGAACCCCACAUAGUGUACAUAGCGCCGCGGCCUGGACGUGCCGUGGCGCAGUGAACAGAGACUGGACUCGACGCCGGCGGCCCUGUACAGACCCCGCCGCCGGCUGUGGACAAACCGAUUAAGUUUAAGUUGUUCUUUAUAAUUUCGUCGCGCGACCCUCAGGUCUCAGUGAAGUCAUUUAAUUAUGUGAGUAAUGUUAAGAUCGAAGCCAGUAAUCGUUUAUAUUUUAUCGAAGCGCCGAGGUUCGAAGUGAUCGCCGAAAACGUUUAGCUAGAUAGUCUAAUUGAUAAAUAAGAGCUUAACUCGGAAGAAGAGCCCGGCGCGGGCGGCUACGCACCCUCGCCUGCGGCGCGGCGCCUCGUGCUGGUGAGUACGGCACACACACAUUGCUCGGCCAGUACCCGCCAGUACCACUCCCCAGUCCCCAGUCCCAGCGCCCAGUACCCAGUCCCAAACACCAGUGUCCACACUGCCAGUACCCCCGUCCUGCCGGCACAGCCAGGCCCGGCCGCUACUGGCGAGGACUGCGUAGCGCUGUUCAUUUUGUAAAGGACGAUUUCAUCGAAUUUAUUUAUAGAUAUUAUAAAUUAACGAUGUUCAUGCCUACCUGUCAGUAGGGAGUCAUUGUGGUGUGGAUUAAAUUUAAAUUGUUGCUAUUACUGUAAAUUUAUGAUUAGUGAAGAUGACGAGAGUAAAAAAUAUGAAUCGGGUCGAAGCUUUGUUUUGUAAGGGAAUACGAGUGAGUCAAUAGGUGCAAUUGAUUUUAUGUUAAGUGUUCGAGUCAGGCGCGGGCGGCGCCGGGCGGCGACGGCCGCCUGUUGGUGUUGCGCGGUCGCCGCCGCCCGCCGCGGUCCGCGGUCGCCCGCUCGACCGCGCGGCCGCACGCUCGCGCCGCACACCUAGCUCCCACACAUAAUUUAUUAAAAAUAUUAUUAAAAGAAUGCAGACACGAUGCCAAAAUGGUUUUAUUCCUGUUUUUUACUUGUUUUGUUGUUUUUUCGUUUGUAUGUAUUUGUGGCCAACCUCGGUACUUAAUACUUGUAAAAAUAGGUAUUUUUUCUAUAUAAAAUAAUGUACCUACGACGUAUAUGAUGAUAUAUAUUAAAAAAGUUCUUUAUAGAAAUCGAAAUAUGGAAAUGACUUUUAUUGAUUAUGUCCUGUGACGUUGCCUGAAACAUGAUUCUUGAUGAACGAAUCUCACCGUGACAGGUGUGCUCUAGCAACUAAAUUCAAAAUUUUUCCAAAUACCUAUGUGGACAAUCAUAGUAAAGAUUUGUCUUUGAGUCCAAAUCUGGAUAGUUAAGUUGUAUUAUUUCUUCUGUUGUCACACCACAUUAUAUUUGUGUUUUAUUUUAUACGUGUGUCUGGAAUAUGAUGUUUGCAUCGAAAUGGAAUGUUUGUAAAUAAAAUAAAUAUUUUAGUAAAGCAAGUGAUGGUGUAGGUAGAGAGUCCAAGUUUUUAAGGAAACAAAUAUUGAUAAGUCGUUAAAGUACUUAAGUAUGUAAUAAAACUGAGCUAAAUAUUUUCA